AUGCCUGAAGCAAUUUCUCACCACAACAUUGUCGAGAACGUCGUUGGAGAAUCUCAGCACAUCAACCGUGCUGCUCCCGGAGUAUGUAAAGUACAACGAUAUAACUCUACCAGCCACAAACUGAGCAUGUACACANNGGUGCCAUACUUCACCCCACUCCAAUCUCCUCCCGCAGGUGCAGCAUUCGUUCGCGAGGAUGGCAAGCCGGUGCCCAAGUUAUUCCAGCCCCUGAAGCUGCGUGGCCUGACCCUUCCUAACCGCAUCUUCCUGUCUCCUCUAUGCCAAUACUCUGCGGCCGAUGGCCAUUACCAACCAUGGCACAUGGCCCACAUUGGCGGUAUUGUCUCGCGUGGCCCAGGAAUGACUAUUAUUGAAGCAACUGCAGUCACUCCCGUAAGUAGAAUUACUCCCGAGGAUGUCGGUCUGUGGAAGGACAGCCAGAUUGCUCCUUUGAAGGAAGUUGUCGACUUUGCCCACAGUCAAAACCAACUCAUUGCUAUUCAGCUCGCACACGCAGGCCGCAAGGCGAGCUGUGUGGCUCCCUGGUUGAGCGCAGCUGCUGUUGCACCAAAAGAGCAGAACGGAUGGCCAGACAAUGUCCUCGCACCUUCUGCUAUUCCUUGGAACGAGCACCACGCAAACCCCCGCGCUAUGACCCUUGAGGAUAUCGAAAGCUUCAAGAAGUCUUAUGCUGACGCUGUUCACCGCGCACUGAAGGCUGGUUUCGAUGCUAUCGAAGUCCACGCCGCACACGGUUACUUGCUUUGCUCGUUCUUAUCGCCCACUUCCAAUCAGCGCACCGACAAGUACGGUGGAAGCUUUGAGAACAGAACCAGACUUCUCAUCGAAACUGUCGAUCUCGUCAGAGAAAUCAUCCCCGAGACUAUGCCUCUCUUUGUCAGAGUCAGUGGAACCGAGUGGCUCGAGGAGGUCGAAGAGAUCAAGGAGAGCUGGACUUCGGAACAGACGGUUGAGCUUGGAAAGAUCCUUGCUGAACGCGGCGUUGACUUGAUGGAUAUCAGCUCGGGCGGUAACCACCCCAAGCAGCACCCUCACGCAGCUCCUGGAUACCAAGCACCUCUCAGUAAGGCAGUCAAGAAGGCAGUCGGCGACAAGAUGGCCGUCAGCGCUGUUGGCAGCAUCCACACCGGAAAGUUGGCAAACGAGCUUCUUGAGGAAGGUCUCGACGUUAUCAUGGUCGGACGUCUGUUCCAGAAGAACCCUGGUGUUGUGUUCGCGUUUGCCGAAGAACUUGGUGUUGAAGUCAACAUGCCAAACCAGAUCAGAUGGGGAUGGUCGAAGAGAGGUGCUUCUCAAUUGAAGACUCUGUUGGAUUCCAACCUUUAG